CAUGCAACUGUAAUCACAUCACUAUUUUGUCUAUGGUUUUCUUUCGGAGCUAAGCAAAGCAAUUUGCGAGCAAUGUUUUGUUUGAAGAUUUAAUUUUAACUUUACGGAAAGAAAAAAUGAUUUAUUCAUUGGUGUGAUUAAUAUUUAUACCUUUCUUGCAAAUAAGUGCUGCCCCUUUUCUAACUAAACAUGGAUUCUUCAAGAAGGAAUAACUCCGAGGAACAACGAUGCAUACUUGGUUUACAAGAUUUGAAAUUAUCAAACAAAGAUGAGAAUGGAACUGAGCAGGCGCACGGAACAACCAAUACAAGUUCUCUGAACAAAGCCAGGCCUGUCGGAGCAAUAGAAAGUUUUGUUUUAGAUAAUACACAGAAUAAUCGUCCGGAUUAUAGCUUUUACGAAAGGUCAAAUGUUAUCGCUGCUUCUAAAUUUGCUACUCCUAAACGUGUAGAGACUAUUGCAUCUCUAACCAAACGUGACAUAAACACUGCGGCGUUGCCUGCCAGUCCUACGCGCUCGAUCGAUUCGAUAUCUCAAAGGUCACUUAGCUAUCAAACUGAAGAUUUGUACGAGAUUCCGGCUAACCCUACCUCUCAGUAUCAGCCUCCAGUUUAUGAAAACAUUGACUAUUACAACGAACAGCGCCCCGCCUCAGGACCAUUUUAUCAUCAGCUUUAUCAGCAAGGCUCCCCUGCUGUUGCCGACGGAUAUUACGACACACGUUACAGCAAAGCUCAGCCCCAAGUACCAGUAACUUCCAAAGUGAAGUUAAAUCCAGCAGUUUAUGAAAAUAUGCACUGUAGUGACAAUAGUGACAAAAAAAUUGAAUAUAAAUUGGCUCAAAGUCAUGAUCAACGUUAUAUACAACAGGGUUCAACUCCUGGGCCACAAGUUCCAAUUAGUAAUGUAAGUAGAAGUGUGCAACAAGUUGUAAGUGAUAAGAGCAAAAUAGAUAAGGCUCCACCCCCGCCCCCCUACACAACGACGCAAGAUAACCCAAGCAGUGAUUACACUAUAAUGAAAUCUGCUCCUCCCAAAUACACAGAUGUCAGUGCUCUUCUAAAAAGUAAUGCCAGUAUUAAUUUUGAUGAUAAGGUUGUAACUAUUCCUUCAACAGCAAUAUAUGCUUCUAUAGCCCCAAGUGCUCAGAGACCAAAAGCUAACAUUGCCACAGAGAUACAAACAGUAACAGCUAGUCCAAAGUUUUUUCAUCCUAAACCUAGUUUUGCCAACAACAUUGGGAAGGAAAAAUCUACUGUAAGCAAUGGUGUUGCAUACAAUUCUAAAUUGGCCACCGGCAGCAGGUUGCACAUUGUGGAUGACAAAAAUGGUUCAGACUAUGUAUGUAUGACAGGGGGCGCUGCACCGUCAGCAUUGGCUGCAGCUAAUAGAGAUAAUGUGUCAAUAGCAUCUGAUCCAUCAAUUGGUUCAAGAAAUUUGGUAUCUGCUAUGACAUCAUUGGGUUCUCCUACACAGUCUCCAUCUCCAGCACCUAGUCCCACUCCAAGUUCAGUGUCACAAUUAUCUGGAGGCUCCAGGGGAUCAGGGGGGCGUGGAAAAAGUUUACUGCCCUACAGCAUCACACCUCCUAGGCCUCCAGGGCCCAGUGAAGCUCAGAGAAAGAUUGAGGAGCUCACAAGACAACUUGAAGAGGAAAUGGAAAAAAAGGAUGAAGAGGGAGAAUUUUUUGGUAUUUGCCAUACUUGUGGCGUGGGAGUGACGGGUGCUGAGCAGGCUUGCCAAGCCAUGGACAACCUGUACCACACCAACUGCUUCAUCUGCUGCUCCUGUGGUCGAGCCUUGCGGGGGAAAGCCUUCUACAAUGUCCAUGGAAAAGUUUACUGUGAGGAGGAUUAUUUGUAUUCAGGAUUCCAACAAACAGCUGAAAAAUGUGCAAUUUGUGGACAUCUUAUUAUGGAAAUGAUAUUGCAAGCUAUGGGUAAAUCAUAUCACCCAGGGUGUUUUCGGUGCUGUGUUUGCAAUGAAUGUCUGGAUGGAGUGCCCUUUACAGUGGACAUGGAUAACAAAAUUUAUUGUGUCAAUGACUACCACCGUAUGUUUGCCCCUAAGUGUGCCAGUUGUGGGAAAGGCAUCACCCCUGUAGAAGGCACGGAUGAGACAGUGAGAGUGGUGUCUAUGGAUAGAGAUUUCCAUGUAGACUGCUACAUGUGUUGUGUUUGCGGAAUGCAGCUCACUGACGAACCUGAUAAACGAUGCUAUCCUUUGGCAGGUCGGCUGAUGUGCCGGUCGUGUCACCUGGCGACCAUCGGCGCGGCCUCGGGCCCGGGGCAGCCGCCGUCGCCGCACCUGUCGCCCGCCUCCUACCAGUACAUGGGGUGAGCUCGCACUACGCUAUUGUAUUGGCAGCUUCGAGUGACAAGCUCAAAAUGGGACUAUUUUAUCCUACUUCCUAUAAUUAUUAUUAUAAAUUCAAAAAAUUGUGAGGAUAGAUUGUUACACUUUCACACAAAAUGUACUGAACAUAAUGAUCUAUUUAUCCUGAAAUUGCCACAACAGCUAAAGUCUGGGGCACAGACAAAUAACAAUUGGACCAUUAUCAAAAUUUUAAAAUUACUUAUGAAUUUCAAACAGAGUCACAAUGACAUACAAAUAGUACAACCCUUUAUACCCAACGGGAAUAUAUGUAUUCACAAUAAAAUGGUCACAUGAUUUAAAAAAAAUUGUGAACAUGUAUCUUAAUUCUGUAUAUUGAAUUUUAUUUUGCUUCAAGUCAAAAACCCCAACUAUUGGAUGUGAAAUGCGAAUUUCUGAAAUGUUUUUUUCAUUUAACUUAUGAUUGUUUGAAAUUUUGAUCCUUAUACUGAGUACUUGUACUUUAAAGCUUGGGAACCGUGAACAAUGUGAUGGUGGUUUUGUAUCACUAUCUAGAAAAUUAAAUGUUCAAGAACUACAAUUAAUUACUGUAGGAGUGAGUAGUAUAUUUAACAAUCUCUCUUUCAUAGAAUACUCUUGAUAGCAUUCUUCUAUAUCUUUGAUAAUAAAUAGGCUCUAAAGUAUGCAUAAUGACUGCACGGUCAUAAUAGAAGUAGUCAUAUGUAUUGUCUUAAAACUAUGUUAGUUAAUUCAGGCUUGCAAAAUUUACACUAUUGUCGUAUAAUAAUUGAACAAACUACAAUUAUUUCUCAGACAAAUUGUUAUCUAAGUUGGAACAAAUUCGGUAAAUGUUGUACACAUUUAACAUCAAGCAUUUUUUUAUAUUUAAAAAAUAGUGUAGGUUUAUUGAAGUUUAUUGCUGAGGCCAGCUUUGUUAUGUAAUGAAAUUUUGUGAUAUUCAUUAGAUUUAUUGUAAUUCUGAACAAAUUAUAAUUGUACUGGAAUUGAAUUAAAUAGUUUUUACUGAAGAUAUUAAUGUGUGCAUUUAUGGAUUUUUUAAAGUAAAAUGCGUAAACCCUUUUAAAGUUGUAAAUUUUGUGUAUGGUUGGUUAUCUCACAAGCGGCGGUGCGAGCUUGUCAAAAAUAAAUUACGCAAGAUCCGAUUGAUCGUCAUAUGUAUGCUCAGCAACCCCAUAUGUGAUAUUGUUGCUAGGUACAGUUAUUUAAUUUUUAAUGGUACAAAACAUGAAAUUGUCUUAAUUUGUGCGUAGUUUUAUAAGAGAAAUAAGAUCUAAUUAAAGAAUUAAUUUGUAGCUUUUAUAUGCAUUUACUAUUUAAUUAAACACUGCAUAUGGCAGCACACCAGUGCGAUGGUUUUUACAAGAUUUAUUUAUUUUGUAGUCACAAAUUUGUUAAUUAGAAUGGUGGAACAUGCAACAUUCCAGAUGUGCUGUCCUGUUGUGUACUUAACAUAAGAUUAGUUUUUUUUAUAUGUAAAUUUUGAUGCAGAUAAUGUGAUUAGUUUUAAUUCAGCAUAAAACUAAAUACUUUUGUAAGAUGCCUACUUUUAUAAUUAUUUUUAUUAUUUUAUAAAGAAAACAAA